CGCGGUCCAGUGAUAAAGCGGCGCAGCGGCAGGGGGGGUGUAGGUAAACUGGUCCCACAUGGCCGGUGGAACUUUAGUCCGGUACUUGUGUUCUGUUCAACAAAGGAAAGCCGCUCAGAGCCCGUCGGACUAGGACUAAACUAACCCAGUGACACAACGGAGACAAACGAGGACACCUUUCAUUUACUACAUUUGACAGAACCAUUCCUACCUGUAACUAAAGGUGGUAAUGUCCUCCCACGAGUAAAAAAUAAAGGUGGAAGACGGUUUAGUCUACGGAAUGUGGAGCGGCUAAUCAUGUGUUGUUGUUGUUAGCUAAAUCGAAGCUAUAGUUUGAAGGGUUGUCACCACAGUGACACGAAGCCGAUAGCUGAAACAGACACCGAGUGCUGCAGGCAGGCAGCCGGGUAACGUUCAAUGGAUCCCCAGUUGUGGUGCUGUGAGGGGGACAGGCCUGCCAUCCGGAGGGCCUACCGGGACUCCAACCUGUUGAAUGAGCGGGUCCUGCACGCUCUGUUGCGGGCAGAAGACAAGUACCUCCCCUCUCCCAACUACUUCAAAUGCGUCCAGAGAGAAGUGGCUCCGUACAUGAGGAGGAUAGUGGCUACCUGGAUGUUGGAGGUGUGUGAGGAGCAGAAAUGUGAGGAGGAGGUGUUCCCUCUGGCUGUGAACUACAUGGACCGCUUCCUGUCGGUGGAGCCCACCAAGAAGAGCCACCUGCAGGUCCUGGGAGCCGCCUGCAUGUUCCUGGCUUCCAAACUGAAGGAAACGAUCCCGCUCACCGCUGAGAAGCUCUGCAUCUACACAGACAACUCCAUCACCCCGACUCAGCUGCUGCAAAUGGAGCUGGUGGUUCUGAACAAGCUGAAGUGGGACCUGGCCUCAGUUACCGCUCUGGACUUCAUCGAGCACUUCCUGUCCCAGCUGUCGGUUGUCAGAGAGCACCAGCCCAUCCUCAGGAAGCACGCUCAGACCUUUGUGGCUCUGUCUGCCACAGAUGUUAAAUUCAUCGCCAGCCCUCCGUCCAUGGUGGCCGCGGGCAGCAUGGUGGCGGCCGUGGAGGGCCUGCAGAUGAGAAUGGUGGGCACGAGCAUGAUGUCUAAGACACUGACGGAGCAGCUGGCACAGAUCAUCAGGAGCGACCCGGACUGUCUGAGGGCGUGUCAGGAACAAAUUGAGUCGCUGCUGGAAACCAGUCUCCGACAGGCCCAACGGCCGCAACACUCGGUUACCAUGGAGACUAAGAGCAUCAGUGAGGAGCAGGAUGUCUCGACGACGCCCACAGAUGUCCGGGACAUAAACAUCUGACGGAGAGCUGCCAGUCGCGCUGCUGGAGGAGGAAAGGGAAGCACGUGGAGCUGCCGACGUGGAUACAGAGUGAACUCUGGAGCGCUCACGAGAAACUGGACUCAACGUGUCAGGACAGUCUGAGCUGUGGCUGUUUCAAAGGCCUAGAAGGCCCGUCUGAACCCACCCCCUCCUCCCCAAAAUUGAAACUGUAGGCUCAGAGACUCAGUGGCGGUUCUAGACCAUUUCAAAUGGAGGGGCCAGGCUGGGGCCACAUGUGAUUUUUAGGGGUAUCAAAUAAAAGCACAAGUGUUGCAUACCACCAACCUUCCAUAGGUUUGGUUUUACAAAAGACUAAUAAUACACAUACAUAUAACAAUAAACACAAGAACAGUCAUACAGUGUUAACCUACAUUUUAUUUAUCACUGCACAUGAAUAAUAUCCUCUUUUUAUAAAGAUGGGUUCAAAAUGUAUGAAAAUAUUUGCUAUAGUUAGGUUUGCCAACGGGGGAUUGAGGCUUAAUAUUAAGUGGGCACUGGCCAACCUUAUUCUCCCCCACCACCCACCCACCCUUACAACCGCCACUGCAGAGACUGAAACUGAUCGGUGUAUUCCUGGACCUGUAUUUAUCAAACUUCCCAAUUGCACCAAAUUGUAGGAGUUGUUUGCUAAAAGUGAACAAUGAGAAAUAUUUAUCAAGUGGCCAACUUCUUCUCAAGUGUUGGAGCGAACUUCAACAGUUCAAAAUGAUCAAAUGGGGAAAACGGGACGUAAGCUCAUCUUAAAGAAGCAGUGCAGGAUUUAGUGGCAUCUAGCGGUGAGGUCGCACACUACAACCAGCCCUUCACUCCCUUUCAAAGCGCGAGGGAUAUGCUAAAAUGUAAUUACCGCACGAGUGUGGUUGCAUCUCGAUAUUAAGGGUCGCAACGGAUCACUGAGCUCCAGGGUUAGGAUCGAAUCAUGGUUUUCAGUCACAGAUCGCAUCAAUUUUUUAUUUAUUUUUUUUAAUGCAUGGCUUUUUGAGUUCUUCCGCUACUCAGUAGACAUCAACUGCUUUUAACAUGUGCCGUUCACUUGAACAGAAAAUUGCGUUGCCUGUAUCUUUUCACGGCAACCCUCCAUAGAGGUGUAUCAGCCUACUUUAAGUAACCGCGACAGUACAAAUGUAUUUCACACUAUUAUGGUUUAACUUUGCAAUUAAUUCACGGUUCACAUGCAUUCGGAACCGUGAGUGUUGCUCCGUAUGGACCACAGAUCAACUAUGGUCUGUUACACCACUACUUAUUACCGAGUUGUGUCUUCAUGUGUAACUGGCCUCAUAUUUAGUCCCUACGUCUCGUAGCAGGCUUCAGGGAACCGCCUGUGUUGAGUUUUGGCCUCUACCAGCUACAGCAGCCUUCAGGUUACGGUGUUUGGUUUUUAGAAACAUGGCGGGCUCAUUCUAAGCUAACGGAAACACAAUUCAGGUGAUUAUACACUAAUGACAACAUAAUUAUGAAUAUUGUAUUCCAUUUCUGCCAAUGGUUUUAACUUCACAUUACAUGUUAGACAUAUUAACCUUUACUGCAUUCUACAGUCAUUUAAAAACCUGACAGAAGGUGUGUGCCCAAUGUUAGAGACCUUCCUUGAUUGAGCAUUUUAGAGUCUUAAUAUGAUAUAUCCUGUAGCUUGUAUUCUAAAUUUUGAAAUUUAGGAGUAAAAGUGAAGGAGAUUUUAAUUUUUCACUUUUAUCAGUUUGCUGAAAACAGGGCCUGCUCAGUAUGUAAACUAAGAACACAUACACAAAACGGUAAUAAUACUGGGUUUACAGUAUGAGCUAUAAUGUUUUGCUUUAAGAUGUGAUGGACUUGGAACUGUCAAAAAGGAACAAUGGUAUCCACAUAACAUCUGUAAUUAUCUGUGAGGUUCCUGAAUUUGGAGCCGACACAGUAUUUGGCUCAUAUAAUAUACCUUCAGUAUAUGGAAACCAACCAUCAUGAGAUCGAAGCACAACGUGAUCUUCUGAUGUGAUGCAUUGUAGAGCACAUCUCCCACCACUAGAGGGAAGUCAGUUACUUGGGAUGUUGUAGCCACCAAACAACAUUCUCAAUUUUUGGAUCUGUGGAGCUAACUGGCAUCCAACUGCAGUAUCGUCGGAUCAGGAGCAAGGGUCUCUGACAGGAAUUUCAUUACUGGUGUGCAUCAGAAGCAAAAGAGCCCCAGUAACUAUCUAAAGCAAUAUAAGGGAUUUUACAGGGUUGAGAGUUAUGGAAGACUGUAAUGAUAGAAACUUAUUUCAUUUCCACCUCAAGCAAAAAGUUAAAAAAAAUGCAACGAUAUUUCUGUAUCUUUAUUGGUGUGUUGUCUCUAGUCACUAGAUCAUUAAUGACCCGUUGUCAGACUGGUAAACAACUUGAAAACAAUUUUUCGCCACACGCAGAAAGUCUUAAAAGGGAUAAUGCUGAAGAUUAUAUGAGGUGUUCCAGUUUAUUCUGCUCCUUAUAUUUAUUUCAUGUCACUUGACUUAACAGCUAAAAGUUGAGUUUUUCUAAAACGGAGUCUGUUUCUGGAUUCAGCUGCUCUUUUAACAUUACCGUUAGUCUUUUGAAGGUACUACUAUUUUGCUUCUUUGAAAAGAGAAGCCACAACAAAUUGAUGUACCUACAUAGUGGUAUGAUGAACUUUUCUAUUUUAACUUUUAGGGUAUUGCCCUCAGGACAUAAGCUUUUAUCAGGUUAAGCCCUAACUUGGUGUUUCAGCUGCUGUCUUAGGAUGGAGUGUAACAGUGUAUUAAAGGAAUACUGAUAACACUAUUGAA